AUGGCCAGCCGCGUCGGGGCAUUCGCGCUCGUUGCCCUGUGGUUGCUGCUCGAGCUCACGCUACACGGUGCCGCGGAGCCCCUCGUGCCGGCGGUGUUCGUGUUCGGGGACUCCACGGUGGACGUCGGCAACAACAACUACAUUGAGAAGUGCAAGAUCGACUGCAGAGCCGACUACCCGCACUUCGGCGUCGACUACCCCGACCAGGCACCCACCGGCCGGUUCAGCAAUGGCUACAACUUGGCGGACCAGCUAGCUCAACUGCUUGGCUUUGCCGAGAGCCCGGCACCUUUCCUCUCCCUGCCGAACGCGAGCCUCGUUCCGCAGGUGAGCACGGGCAUCAACUUCGCGUCAGGAGGGUCGGGGCUCCUUGAUGACACCGGCAAUGGACAUUGUGGGGAAGUAUUGUCCAUGACUGAGCAAGUCGGGAACUUCACGAAUCUUGCUCGACUGUGGAAAAGUGAAAACCAGACGGCGGCUGAUCUCGUCUCCAAAUCUCUCUUCUUCAUCAGCGCCGGCAGCAACGACCUUUUCGAGUACACCGAUGCCCCCCCAGUCCCUAACCGUAACGGCACGGAAUUCUUGCAACGCCUCGUCGCCUCGUACACGGCCUAUCUGAAGGACCUGUAUGGCGCGGGGGCGAAAAAAUUCAGCGUGGUGAGCCCGUCGCUGCUGGGGUGCUGCCCGUCGCAGAGGUUGGUCGCGCAGGAUCGCAAGGACGUCGACAAGUACGGCUGCUUCGGCUCGGCGAACAACCUCUCCAACCAGUUGUACCCCAUGAUCGCCUCCAUGCUGCACGACCUCAGUCUGGAGCUGCCCGGCAUGAACUACUCCCUCGUGGACUCGAUCAGGAUGGUCGAGUGGGUCUUCCACAGCCCCUCCGCGCCUAGCUACAACUUCACGGUGCUGGACACGGCGUGCUGCGGCGAUGGGCGGUUCGGCGCAGGCGGGUGCAACUUCUCGGCGCCCCUGUGCCAGAACCGCGCCAACCACCUCUUCUGGGACGACUACCAUCCGACCGACGCCGCGUCGGGGGUCGCCGCGAAGAUGAUCUUCGGCGACGCCGGGAUCUUUGUCCACCCGAUCAACGUGCAGCAGCUAGUGGCGUCACGACCAUAGAUCGAGCAAUUUGAUUGUGUGGUUCAUGUACCUUCAUGCUCCGAUGAUAUCUUAUUACCACUACUAUGCUACUGCGAAUAAUAAGUUAUGCUGUGUGGAGGAUGUACCGGUGUGACAAUUACGAGA